AUGUUUCACAGAUCUGUUGAUGCGAUCGAAAUACAUCGCAGAGAUUCAGGAGACAUCACAGGCAAUCAAAUCCCGAUCGAAGAAUACCAAAAGAAAGAGGAAAUAGCGAAAAAUCUACGCAAACAGCUGUCGGAGAUUUUGCGUCCAAUAUUUCUCGUCAUGAAACUCACAGGUCAAUACUUUGGCACAACGGCAAUGUUUGAGGAAAAUAUACAAAAGACAUGGUGCCUGUCGCGUCUUUACAGCACUGUUGUCGCUCUUGGCCAGUGGUUGCUUUUUUUAAUUGCUGUGACAAGUCAUUGUUACCUAGGGUUCAAGGAAAUGAAUCAGUUUUUCUUUUUACUAGUUUCCACUGUUUGGUUUCUCCAAUGUGCGAGUGCCACGACUAUUUGCUUAGUUGCUUUUCCAUUUGCUCAAAGUAGAAAGUCAAAAAUGUCCAUAUUUAUUGCCAGUCUUGUCGAGGCAGCACCCGAACUUAAGCUAGACGGUACAAAGGCCAAGGCAGUCAAGGGCUUGGUACUAGCAUGCUCUGCAGCGACGCUAAAUACAGUCGUCGUUGUUAUGAUGAGCGUUUAUUUCGGAGGUAUCAUAUCUGUGUUUUCACCAUGGGAAAAGUACACCUUUAUUCGAUGGGUCGAACUCAUAUUUGGAAUUUACUGCUCCUUCUCCUGGUGUUUCCCUGUGCUCAUUUUCUGCGUCACUUGUAUGCUUCUAGAAACAAUGUUCACAAGUCUCCAGAACCAAGUUUCUGACAGAUUCAUCCACUCCUUGAGCAUCACGUACUUGCGGAAAGAACAUUUGAAAUUGUGUCACACAGUACAACUGGCUAAUGCCAUUUUCUCACCACUUCUUUUUAUUAUUGUCACAUUGGAUGUGCCAUUAAUUUGCGUCAACUUUCAUCAACUCAUAAAGUCGUCGGCCGAUACCGAUCGCAUUACGAUUGUCGGCUAUUUCUAUUGGACUUUCUGUAUAUGUUCUUUCUUGAUAGUAGUGUUCUUGUUUGGAAAUCGAGUAAACGAAAAGGUAAAUUUUUACCUCUCAAUCCGAAAAAAAAUACUUGAAAUAAAUAAAUAAGGGAGCGGUGGCUACUGUCUCUGUCGAUUGCUUAAUUAAGUACAUCCUGUACAAAUAGUAAUUUUCUUAUUUAUCACCUUAAAGGUUUAUCAAGAGGAAGGUAUAUGUAAUUAACUGUAGAAAUUAGUUUCAUGUUGACCACAUGAAAUUUUCUUUUUGAUUCGAUGUAGAAAUGCACAACUGUCACUAACAGUAAUUAUUAGUUUGCUGAAAUCGAUUAUGAAAUUAUAACUUAAAUUUGAUUAUGAAUUUUUCGUACGUGAUGUUUACUUUACGUAGAUGUGGUUGUUGUUGUUAGGUUUUGCUGUGUUUUGUACUAUUUGAUUUUUUUUUUCAAUCUAAUUUUAAGAUGUACGUAGGAUAUCUAUCUUGAACAUCACAACAUGUCAUGAUUAUAUCUGUAGGCGCACAGUUUUUAUGAAACGAUCCAAAAGUCACACGUGUCUGUCGACGACCUUAAAGAACAUGCCGAGGUAAGUAACUAAAUUCACUCUACCGCAAUCUCCAUAUAGAACGCUAAAGUAUGUUCAAGGAAAAUCAUUAAUGGAUAUAUGCCCUUUCGUUAGCCAAGCAGUAGCUCAGACUUAGUCCCCUCCAAUUUGGUCGGCUCAUUCCAGCAGUUUCUUAUAUUCUGGUUCCCGUCCAUCCCUGUACUGCCCAAACUUAUCGCCACAAAGACCAUUUCGUAAUCAUGAAAGCGAUCUUCGUUGUGAUGACCAGACUAGACCAGACUACUUCAUUCUGUUUUUUUCGUUUUUUAGCUGACUCUUUUCCUGGCACAUUUGCAAGGGGAUCCAAUCGGUCUCUCCGUUGGACGUAUCGCAGUGGUCAACAAGUCUCUAUUCCUAACGGUUAGUAUGAAAAAUAUAAAACAUGAAAUAUAUGUGACACAUUUUAAGAAAAGAAAUGAAUUAUUUCCGACGAGUGAUAUUUCGCCUUAUUCUUUCCCUUUCAUCCUACAGCUCUUUGGAAUAAUAGCAUCGUACUUUGUCGUCCUGCUUACAUUACCAAGCUAA